AUGUCUCCAGCAAACCGCCGCAUCAAAUUCGCGCUUUUUGGCCUUGGCCGACUGGGAGCACUUCGCGCCCGCAUCCUCGCCUUGCAGCAGCCCCGGAUCGAACUUGUCGCUGUGUGCGAUACAAAACCAGGCACAGACAAAUGGGCCGCAGAGAACCUGCCACCAACAGUCAAGUACUUUUCAGACCCGCAAGAAUGCUUGCAAAACUCAGGCGCUGAAGCCGUCCUCAUCUGCACUGCCACGGCAACACACGCGCCGUUGAUUAUUCAAGCCCUUGAUCUGGGCUUGCACGUCAUGUGUGAGAAGCCCGUCUCUGUAGAUAUUGCGACCACCCGGCAAGUUGUUGAGAAGGCUGCUUCGAGACCGGAUCUUAAGUUUCUCGUUCCAUUUACUCGUCGAUAUGAUAAGUCCUACCGCCAGGCAAAAGCCCUGGUUGAGAGGGGCGACCUCGGUGAAAUUCAUGCUGUCGAGACGACUGGUAUUGAUAUGGCAGACCCCAAUGCUUUCUUCGUGUCCUUCUCCGAGCAGUCCGGAGGCAUCUUCCUGGACUUCGGCAUCCACACGGUUGACGCCGGACGCUACCUUCUAGACGUAAAAUCCAACCUCUCCAACCCAAAGAGGCAAGUCAACCGCGUAAUCGCCUUCGGCCAAUGCGCCGUCUACGCCGACCUAGCCAAAUACGGCGAUGCCGACAGCGCCUGGGGCCUAGUCGAGUUCGCCAACGGCAAGAUUUUCAAGACAUACCUGGGUCGCACCCUCACAAGCGGGUUUGAAGACACGACGCGGCUGUGUGGGACAAAGGGACAUUCUAUUAUCAGCAGUGCGAAGAAUUCGAGUGUAGAGAUUCGCGACGAGUUUGGUAUACGCACACAGUCUGUGCCGGAUGCGUUUACGUUGUUCGAUGAGACAUUUGUGGCGGACCUGGCGGAGUUUGCAGAUGCGGUGCUUGAUGAUAAGGCGAUGACUUGUCUGCCCGAGGAUGCGUUUGAGGCGGCCAAGAUCUGUGUUGCGCUGCAGUAUUCGCUGAGGAAUGGGGUGCCUGUUUACUUUGAUGAUGACGGGCUGCCAAUCAUGGGAUAA